GGGAUUAAAAAAAAAAAACUAGUAUUAAAGUAACGCCAUCGUGCAAAUGCGUAGUAUUCGUUGAUAAAUCGGCUUUAAAAAAUAUCUUUAGUCGUGUAUAAAGGGUUUUAAGGGUAGUACAUGUACUUUCAAGCACCACCACUCCUCCCCCAUUGAAGUGCACAUGACAGUAUUACUUGACGGACAGCGUUGACAUUAUUGUGCCAUUGAUGAAAGGAAAUACGAAAAGGAUUCUAGUCGUAGCACCGGUCAGACAUAUAUUUUGGUGCAGUGUUAAGCAUUGUUUAACAAAUGACUAAGCCGUCGAAGAAGAUGCAAUCGUGAUAAAAUACGCUUAAAACUGAUCAAAGAUUGGUAUUCGACCUUUAAAGACGUCGAAAGUUGACGCGGUGUGUCGGGUGUGAGGUGUAAAUUGCAGACGUUACAAACCGGACGUCAAGCGACGAACGACAGGGAAAUUGCGCUAAAAUGAUCUUUGGACCGGUCCUUUACUGCUCAUAAUAAGGUAAGAACAUUUCGAAACGGUUUUCUAUCUGCUUAUUUUAACUUAAUGUGGGUUUAGACAAGUGAAGGGACUAAAUUAUAUGUCCGACUCGCAACUUCAAAGUUGACCCCGGAAGGUCAAAUAUCUGCAUUUUUAACCGAUUUUGUAAAGCUCUCGCGUCGCUAUUAAUCAUUUGCCCAAAGAACUUUUUACAGGAAUCUGUAGACCAUCCUUCUAACAUUCAACCACCAGCAGCUUAAUCGACUUGAAGGUUUCGCACAUGGUGAAAAUUAUGUUUUUUUCACGCAUUACUUUGACUGACGUAAAUUGUAUGCCUUCGAAAUUAAAUUACUUUGUAUACAAAGAACAGAGCACUAUUUCCCCCAAAUCAUUUUGACAGAUAUUUAGAAGUUCUAAAAUAAGGCUGUGAUGUUCAAAAGACGGUAGAGGAAUCGGUUUUUGCACGCGAGGCUUUCAAACCCAUGUAAUAAUUGAGCGCCUCAAAUAACGAUUUCAACGUAUUUUGGAUAUUUGCAUUUAUCUCUGAAAUAAAAGGAUAUUUCACAAAAAAAACAUACAGUGAUUUUAGUUAUACCCUAGUCUAUCUAACAUUAAAAUAUGAAAGAAAUCGAAUUUUCCAUCCUUGCCGCGAUAUGUUUGAUUUUUACGGACAGGCGCUCUUAAAACCUUUUUGCAGGUCAAGGUUGUUAAUGCGGAAAAAGAAAGACAAGUAAUGGAAGACGUCAUACGAACACUUGACAGGCAUGAAAACGAGAAUCUUCCACAAGUACAACUCACCAAAACAGAGGUACAUUGCAGUUUGUUAGCUCCGUUGUUUAACCACGGCAGGAUAAGCUCAGUCGUUAGAGCGCAUUACUGUAGAGCGGGAGGUCGCGGGUUCGAUUCCCGGGAUCCUACCAGUACUCAAGGUCUUAAAAUAACUGAGAAAUCAAGGUACUCCCUUUGCACUACGAGCGUUUAGACGUUCGCGUGACUUGAAUGACCACGUAAAAUCCUGUUUUCGUUUGAGCGUAUUCAAAUUCAAAUUGUUAAUUCGGAAUGUUGUUAGUGGCUCCUUUCGGUUACUGGCAAUAAAAAAAGACACCUUUUCUGUACCCUAUGUUAAGUUCAUAGGCAAGUUAACUUAUCCUCAUUUUGAUGGCGACGAUGUCUCAUACAAAAGUUGUCACUUUUCAGAUAAUUUUCAAAGAUGUUCAAUUCCUUGAAAAACAGACCGCAACCUUAGAAAUUGUCAACAUUGGCCAGGUGGGUAAUUUGUUUGAGAGCAGCCGCUUUGUACCGCUACAGACAAGUUUGCUUUGGCCAUAAAGUAAAUUCUUUGUUGGCCAGGCUUGCUAGAUCGAGAUGGCUAAAUAUUGGCCUCGUUCUGGUCCUCCUUGUUUUUGUAUAUGGGAAAAUAUUCCCUCUUUCGUUUGAAAGAACCAAUCCUUUGUUAUACUGACAACUUGGCGUACGUCACUAUUUGAAAAGAAAGUGUUCAGCGUUGUUUAUUCCAGUUCUUUCCAUAAGUAUUGAAAUUCCGCCGCCUACUGAAUUCCGCCAUCCAAUAGCCCCCUGCGUCGCGGAUGUCGCCAAAGAUAAUGAGCAGAUUUUCACCUCCACUGCUUUUUAACACCAAAAUCUUUUCGCUUGCAAAUGUCUGUAAUCAAGAUUUUCAAAAUAUAAAACAGUUAUUUUAAACUCAAUAUUGGAGAGUCCUGUUUCUUAUUCUGAUUGAUUGACAGGUGCCAGCACAGUUUGCGUUUAUAGCCAAGUUAGACGAAACCGAGUACUGUAAACCUUGGCUGACAAUCAAGCCCGCCAUGGGCAUUAUAAUGCAAGGUAUGGUAAGACUUGAUAUGCAAUUUAAAGAGACUAUCCUCAGUGCUAGGGUAAUGUCUCUGUAAGUCCUGGACAUUUUCGAGCCCAGAAAGCUGUUUUUUGUUUGCAAUGUUUGCGUUAAGAGUAAUCACUUUAUUCCCCCCUAUUUUUUCUCAAAAAUUGUAAAAAUAGCAAAAAUCGCAGAUUUAUUGAGAGCGCUCUCCGAAUCCUCUAACACUGCUUUAUUCAUAUUGGUAUGCGAUGAAACACUGCUAAUAGUAGUUAACGAAAGAAUAAAGACUGAAUGGCUUUGACCUAACCAGUGUUACCCAUUACCAGUCUUAGAUUUUGAUAUAAUGAUAUUAAAAUGUGGCUUUGGGAUCGAAAAAGAAGCGGGAUAUUCGAUGAACGGGCCCCUGGACUAUGCAGUCGGUUUUGGGUUUUGGCGAUGUCAGACUUAUUUAAAUCACAGAAAAAUCGCUGUCACUAGGAACUGCGAUCCUUAUAACUGAGUUUCACGAGCAUGCGCAGAAAGUGGGCCGUUGUGUUAAUGAAGUGAGGGUUAUUGAAAACUAUUGAAAAAGCUUGUUGGUAAAGAAAAACACAGUAUAGGGCUCCCAGUGGAACUGACUGAAUUCAGUCUGAAUCGCAUAUUCGACUUAAAUCGCUAUAGGAUUUCCCUCACUGAUCGUCCGUUGCAUCUCUCUCUUCAGCAUCUCACUCAACCGUUGUUUGCGUUGUCACGCUACGCUCUAUAUAACGUUAAGGGGCGUUGUCUGACGACCCUACUCGGCCCCCUAUCCUCCUUGUCCAUCCCCAAAAAAAAAAGAGAUGCAAAGGAAGAAAAGAAAAAAAAAAAAUAAAGAGAGGCGGGAAAGGGAUUAUCGGCACUCUGUAAAUACCUUGAACUUUGUUGAAAACAAUACGCUCCUUUGAAGUUAUCUUACUUGAACAUUUACGAUAAUUGUAGUUUUGCCUGCUGUUAACUGAAUUGGAGUUUUACUAUGUUGUCAGGGUCAACCAAACAAGUGAGGCUGACAGUUUAUGUUGAUAAAGAGUCUGCAAGGGCCAUGAACUCUGGUGACGAAAAGAUUGAAGAUAUUCUUGUUCUACACUUGGAAGGAGGAAAAGACUUCUUUGUAUCCCUCAUACUCUUUUAUUCAUUACAUUGAAAGAACCUUAAAAGCUUUAAUUAAGUCACUCUGUUAACUCUUCGAUAAACGAUGUUUAUUUUAGGGCUGUAAAAAUACAGUCGCGGGAUGGAUUCUUUUAUUUACACGGUGAGAUAUUAAAAUUAACAGUGCUGUCGCGCAGAUUGUAAGUUGCCAGCUUUAUAUCAAAAGGAGGGAGAGAAUUAAAUAGCUAUGGGGAUUUCUUUUGGUCAUAUUUUCCCCUCUAUGUUCUCAUGAAAGUAGCUGAGUGUCACCUUCAUAGUUGCCCGGGGAAAUUGUUGGCUCCUGGCCCGUAAAGACAUCCUCCACAGUGCUGGUAAAGGAAUUAUUUAGCACUUUUAUUACCAAUUAUUUGCCCCUAAAGGGCAUCUGGCCAAUCAACAUAGGGACUUUCAUAUGAGUUGGGUCACACUGGCUGGCUUUUUUGAGCGAACAGGAACUCACCAGGAAACACACAUCAUUCCGAUUAUUCUUCUUUCGGUAUUUCCUGAAAUUGUCAGCGGGUAAUGUUUUUUUUUAUAUCAGCCAUAGUAUUUUUUCACGCAACGUACUUACCGUUUCUUAACUGUAGACAGGUGUCCGUUAGUGGUAAUUAUAUUCCUAGUGUGUUUGGUUCGUCUAUUGAAGCACUAGUGCGCAUGUACGGACCUAUUAGGGAGGUGCCAGUAGCAACUCUUGUGGACUUGGUGAGUUCAGUCUGUAUCUAACCUACGACGCAUGCGUAAUCAAACCCGAAUAGUAACGUCUGCCAAGUAGCGCUAAGAUCCUUGUUCUGGGUUCUGAACGGACUCAAGGAAUUACCGGAAGUGCGUUUCGAAUUUGCCGCUUCAACCUGAUUGGCAAAUCGGCAAUGGGAUUUUUUAUUAGGCCAAUCAUGGCGUGUAUUCAAAUCCUGAUACAUCGUUGGGGGCCCAGAACAAGGAAUUGGGCGCUGGCUCGCAGACGGGUCUAACGAGAGUUGAAGGCUGCGUUCACGGAUAGAGCUUCUUUUCACACACAAGAACGGUGAUUUCGGCACAAUCUCUAAAGCGGAGAGUCACAUAUCGGAUAGGUGUGUUCCAACUAUGGCGGAUAGCUUUUCAUGUCGGCAGGAAAAGCUAUCCGCUAUAGUAUGAACAUAGCCAAAGCUUGGUCUGUUACGCAGGCUAAUAGAGACCUUUAGAUUCUAAGACGAGUACGACAACGAGUACGAGAUUUUCUCAGUACAAAGUGGUGGGCGCGCGUGAACCAGCGUCAUUUUGGCGGGAAAACGUCGUAGCCGUCGUCACUCUGCUACGAGUUUUAGCGGGAAUGUCGAAGUGGCGGAAACAAGUUAUCAAAUGUUAGAAGUUUUAUCAUUUUGCAAUCGGGAGUGGAUGUAACCUCCUUCAAUUAAGGCAACAGUGCUAACUUUUCUAGUGAAAAAUGGUAAAGUGAAGCUUUCCAGGGAGUCUAUAUUUCGAGAAUACGUGAAAAAACUUGAAGUCAAAUCUCGUACUCGAAGUCGUCCUCGACCUUGAAUCUAAAGGUCUGUAAGUUGUAUCCUACCAUGUCGAUAGUAGUAUAAGGCUCCAAUGUCAGCAUUAUAGAUGGGCUACAAUUUCAUCGCAGUGAAUGACUUUUAAACAACUUACAAUGCCUGUAGUACUUGUAACCACUACUAAGUAGUACCGGUAUCAGCAGCAGAGGGUUAGGGAUAACAUGUGGUGUUACCUUUGCUCUCUAAUGGGCGGACUACACAAUAGAUUAUGGAUCUAUUAUGUGCGACUGACUUUCCCAUUGUAACUUACCGCGGUAAAUAGAUCACGUAUGAACGCAUACGAUGUGAAAAAAUAAGGGAAAGAAAGUAUUCGUGUCUUACCGUGGUUUACAACUGGUGUCUUCAGAUUGGCGGCAUAGGAGAAUUUAUUAGUAAUGCUUUUUUUUGGUAACAAAAGAAAAUCAUAAAAAGCCGCGGUAAAUCAUUGUUCGUGUAGCUUACUGAAGGAAUAUUAACACAGCACUGUCAUAGGAGUUUGUGGCGGAUGUAUGUGAAGACUGUACUUUAAUGGUGUUGUACGCUAAAUGCUUCUGCGCCUUUAUCCCACCUUUUUCCUUUUCUGUAAAAUACCGGAGAAAGGAUUGUACAAAAAGUAAAUGCAAAGGUUGCAUUGAAAUGGUUAAAACCAGAGGAUUUUGUCCCGGGAGACUCAAAAAUGAAAGUUUCACCAUCACACGUCGAUAUUAUUGCACUUAUUAUAACGUAAUUUGAUAUCCUAUAAUCCUUUUUUAUUCUUCUUUUACUAGGAGCAUAUCAAUCCUUUACAACCUUCUACCCUAUCAGAUAACGAGCCACUAGAAAUUCCCAAGGAACUGUGGCUUUUAAUAGAUCACUUGUACGGAAGUGGUAUGCGCCAGGUAGGUUGUUUAUCAGUUUAGUAAAAACUAACAGCAGUUAUUUCAUGUACAGGCCUUUCUAGCUUAACUGAUCUUACCAUAUCCCCUCUUUUAAUAGACCUUAUUUAUAAUAUCCGCUAGACCAAGACUAAUAUGUCCAGUCAAUCGGCUCGUAAGAUGCACUGUAUUUUUCUUUUAAUCAUGUCAGCUUCCAGAGUAAUUCUCUUGUACUUGCCUUUCUACAGGAGAAUAUUCUCAGGCAGUCUGGGUUCGAGGACGAGUUGGAAGAUAUCCGGUCGCAUUUGGACUGUUGCCGAGGUGGCAAGUUGCGUAUCCCUUUACCUUAAAGUAACUUAAAUGAAAAAUAAAAAAUUUUAAAAAGCCCUCAAAACAAAACAAAACGUCAUACGAUUCCAAGCUGACUUUAUUUCCACCGCAUAAAUCAUUCAAACAUGCCAAUAACACAGGCAACUCUAGCUAAUGCCACUUUAAACUGUACUGCAGUUGCCGUUUCGUGUUAUGACCUGGGCUUUUUAAAAGGGCUGAGAAACUUAUCAACCGUUUCACGGACAUUAGUUAAACUAAUCCCUCUCUUCUUGCCCAACCUUCUUGCGAAGGCGAGUGUAGGGCCACUUUCUCGAAAUAAUUUUUCCAGGGUAUUUUGUAGCCAUAGAAAACAGCCGACAUUGCGCGAUUUCCUCGCGACAUGACGUUUGAGAAACGAGUGUGGAAAUUCCAUACUGAUGACGUGUGACUACCCAGAUCUGGGUAGUGUAUCUGAUUGGUCGUGCCACGAGUGAAAUUUUCUUCAACCAAUCAGAAGCAAUUCCCAGAUCUAGGAAGUAACACGUCAUCGCUGUGGAAUUUCUGUGUUCGUUCCUAAGCGGGAAAACCAGUAGUGACGUCAGGAAGAGAGCCUAUAAGCAGCAACGUUUUUGAGUGACGUACGUAAUCUGGAAGUGAGCUUUUUGCUUUUUAAUAUGUCCUGACGCCCCCAAACAUGUAUUGCUAAGUGUCUUUACUCUUAUAGAGACGAUCUGUCCAAACGUUUUUUUCAAAAUCACAGCUCAAGUGUGCAAAAAGUCCACUUCCGGUUGACGUGCGUCGCACAAAUGCUGUUCGAUGGCCAGGUAUCUUACAGUCCUACUUUCUUGCCACAGUGAUCGCCAACCGAAUUUAUAAGGGCGCUCUCCAUUUGUCAGAACUGACCGGCCAGAUGUAUGAUCAAUAGAUAUUCCGCCAUUUUUUAAACUCUCUUGAUAUUUUCGCCGAAAGCAUAGUAGUUUUGUCGAGCUUGUUGCAGUUAUGAGAAUAAACGCCUCCCUCUUAUAAACGCCUUCUAUCUAUUAAACGCCGCCGCUUUAACCCCUAAAAUUAAAUAGCCCCCCCCCUCCCCCGAGCGUUUAUUAGGUCAUUUACGGUAAAUGCGAAAAAAAAGGCGGCAGGAUUGGUCUUUUUCCUCUAGUGUCCAGUCUUUUUAAGAUUGUUUUACUUCCUUAACUGUUGGCCAGCCGGUAACGUUUAUUCAGUAGCAGAAGCCUUACUUAUUUUCUUGGAAGCGUUGCCAGAACCCGUGAUUCCUUAUGCCUUUUACCAGAGAGCGCUGGAGUGUUGUAAUAACUUCAUCCUCUGUAAACAGGUAGGUGAUUACGGAGCCGUGUCAGUUGGAGGUUUUAGUAGUGCUGCCAAACUGCAUAUAUAAGUAGUCUUUUAUGCUUUGUUUUGUACUAGUUGUGGAGCGCCAAACGUUAUGUUAUGCUUAGUAUUCGAUGAUGAUGAUAAUCGUGAUUAUGAUGGUGAUGAUGAUGAUGAUGACGACGAUAAUUAUGAUGAAGACAAUUUUUAUUAUUAUAAUUAUUAUCAUUGUUUUUAAGAAAGUUAGAAGUGAGAACUAUUGCGAUUUUUAUCACCACCACGGCCUUCGCUAAUACUUUUCACCACUUGCUGUCCCUACUUCCUAAAAGUUUUAUUAUUAAUAUUUUUCAGCUGAUAUUCCAAAUUCCCCAGAGCCACCGGAAUGUCUUCACGUACAUCAGUGCAUUCCUUAGAGAACUGUUGCUGUACUCUAAUGACAAUAAACUGGACGCCAAAACCCUGGGUGAGUACAACCUCUUUGGUUCUUACUUCUUUAGAUAUGUUUUUGCCCAGUAUCACAUUGUGGAUACAUUUAUUCGGGAGAUCUCAAUGAAGUCUUGUUAAACAGAAUCCAACGCAAUUAGGGAUCAUUACUUUUAUCAGUCAUAAGUAUCCUUAGGUUGCAACUACAAUCGUUUGGGCACUUUGUUUUCCAUGUAUAGAAAAUGUAUUAUUUCUCCUUCUCCCUUCUGUCCCCACCCCCCUCGCUCCCGCUGGACAGUAAUAGGGAGCUUAAGCAACGACGUCGGCGACGGCAACGAGAACCGCAAAUAAGCAAUAGGUUUUUUUGUACAUUUCUUUGCCGUCACUGCACGACUACGACGUGAAAAUGCCUAAUUUCACGUUUUGUGGGUUACGUGAACACAAGACAACGACUUUCUUUUUCUUUUCUUGAAAUUCGAUACAGUCCUUUAGAAUUCACCUCAAUCGACGAAUUGAACGAGAUGGAAUAAGGGCGAUUAACUUUGUUACACUACUACGUGAGAAAUUUCUGCAAUUUGAUCGGCUUAGAGCAGUGGUAUUUCAGCUUAAUUUGAAAUACCUACAUGUGAAAAUUACAUACCUUUUAUGGGUAGUAGUAUAAACAAAUAGCAUGAUUUGUGCGUGAUAUUUGGAAUAAAUACCACUCGUGAUAUUUCAAAAUUGUCUCAAAUUUCACUCGCCUAAUGGCUCGUGAAAUUACGUAUAACAAUUUCGAAAUAUCACUCGUGGUAUUUAUUCCAAAUAUCACUACAAAUCAUGCUAUUACCUAUACAAACAGCGCGACUUCCCUUUUUAAGUAACGUUUUCGUAACCCUCGCCGUCUUUGUUGCUUGAGCACCCUAAUGGGUGUUAAAAGUCAAACACCUUGUAGACAUCUUGCUCAGGUUAUGGAUGUCACCUUUGACCAGGAUGGGGAGUAAGAUGGAAACGUCCGUUCCUUGUUAAUAGCCUGUUUUCUUUAAGCAAUAGUCUCUUUUGUCAUUUCUAUGUGCUUUCUUUACUACAGCCACUCUAUUUGGCACACUGUUUCUACGCGCAUCAAAGAACAAGGAAGCAAGUCUGAGCAAAAGAGCCAUCAAUCAGCUGACGCAGAAGAAGGCUCGGUUCAUGUAUCACUUUCUGAUCAACGAGUUCGGUCCCUAAGGUGAUGUUUCACGAGACAAUUUGCAACGUCGAUUUUAAGGGCAGCAAUAGUUGGAACAAUAUUGCACCAACUCGAAUAAAUGUCACAACAAUGCUGCAUCGCUCUGUUGUACUGAAAAAUCGUCGUUGCGAAUUGUCCCGCGUAACAUCGCCUUUAGUUGAAACAGCAAUACACUUGAAUCAAUAGUUGCAACAACAAUAACAAAAUGGAAAUCCCUCCGUGUAUGAGUCUUCUUCUUUAAAAGAAGAAAAUCAUAGGGGAUCGUAGUCGGCUUAGUAUUAGAUAGUUUUUAAAGUAUUUUGCGAUACCAGAAGUUGUCUUGGUAACGCUCGAAAACGAAAGCGACCACACGAGGUGGCUGGUCGCAAGCAUUGUUUAUGGGCAACUAGACACGAUUGAGUUAAUGAAGUAUUAGGAGCACUGAUCACGUAUUUUAUAUCCGAAAACGCAGAAAAAAUGACUGUCAUAGUCUAAACACAAGUAGGUUUAAUCAAUAGACCCUGCCACGUUUUUUUAACUUUUGAAAUGGACCAGUUAGGCAAAAUCCAUCGACACCACUGAAAAGAGCGUCUUGAAAUUAGUACAUUUGUAAAACUGCCAAGUUUAAAAGUGCUUUGUUAAAAUCUAAUGAAGAUAUAGUUUCUCAAAGUCGCGCGUAAUUUUACAGACGUUUGUAUGGUGUGGGGCCCAAACUUUGUAAAAACAGGAAUUUUCUUCUCUCUCUUUCUAUUGCCAGCAUGGUCCAGAGAGUUUCUAUAAAGGUGGGUUGGUCACAAAAAGAAACGAAAGAAUUGCUCUUUCCAAAACGUUAUUUAUUUGCCACACCAAAACGUACCACUUGUGUAAAUAUUUACUUUGCACGCCAAAAAUUGUAUUCCACGCUGAAAAAAGCCCCACAAAUGCAAAUGUGUCUUAGGUCUUUUUUUGUCCAUGAUUGUACAUAAGCUGUAGUUAUAAUUAAAAUGCCAUUGUCGUGUAAUCCUUAUCCUCGGAGACCC